ACCGACAGCGACACCGGGACCGACAGCGACACCGGCACCAGCACCGGCACCAGCACCGGCACCAGCACCGGCACCAGCACCGGGGCCUCCGCCGCCCCGCUGCGCUGCCGGGAGCGCGCGGAGCCGCCAGCAGGACGCGCCGCUGCCCAGCCCCAAACCCAGCGGAGGAGGCGAAAAUGGGCCGAAAAAAAAUCCAGAUCAGCCGGAUUUUGGACCAGCGGAACCGGCAGGUGACCUUCACCAAGCGGAAAUUCGGGCUGAUGAAGAAGGCGUACGAGCUGAGCGUGCUGUGCGACUGCGAGAUCGCCCUGAUCAUCUUCAACAGCACCAACCGCCUGUUCCAGUACGCCAGCACCGACAUGGACAAGGUGCUGCUCAAGUACACCGAGUACAGCGAGCCCCACGAGAGCCGCACCAACUCCGACAUCCUCGAGACGCUGAAGCGCAAAGGGUUGGGGCUGGAGAGCCACGAGCUGGAGCUGGAGGAGGGGCCGGAGCCGCCCGGGGACAAGGGCAGGAGGAUCGGGGAGGGCGUGGAUCUGUCGCUGGCGCGGCCCAGGUUUUAUAGCCCGGUGCCGCUGCCCGAGGCCGCCUACGGCAGCUCGUCCCCGGCCACCGAGGGCAGCGGCAGCAGCUCCCCGCAGGGCCAGGGCCGCUCUCCCGCCUUCAGAGCCGCGGCUCCAAAGCCACCGGGACGGUCCCCAGGGCCACUGCCCCCAGGGCUCAGCUACCCCCUGUUCCCUGCCGCCAGCCUGAGCCGCGCCCUGGCCACCAAGACGCCACCGCCGCUGUUCCUGGGGGCCGAGGGCCGGCGUGGCGAGUGCCAGGGCAGCGUGGCGAGCGGCCGGAGCGGUGCCAGCGCGGCGCGGCCGCUGUACCCCGCCCUGCAGACGCUGAGCCCCGUGCUCAGCCCGGGCAGCUCCGGCCUCCCGAGCCACGGCCUCGCCGGCUUCCCCUUCCUCAGCCCGGCCCAGGCGGAUUUUGGGGCUGGCGAGGUCCCGCCGCCCCCCGGAUUCCUGCAGCCCCCCGCAGCGUGGCAGCACCCCCGGGACAUGGCAGCGCUGGGGGCCAGCAGCCGGAUCGUCCCCGCGGAGGAGCCAGCCGCUGUCCCCGGCGUGUCCCCGCAGCACCAGGCCAUCAGCAUCAAGUCGGAGCGGGUGUCGCCGGGGCUGGGCUGUCCCCCGGGCACCCCCCAGCCCCCCCUGGCCAGCCUGGCAUCCCUCAGCGAAGCCUCCCGAGCCCCUGGCGACCUCCAGCCCCGCGAUGACUUCGCCAAGGGCUUCCCCCCGUACGCGCCGGGGCCGCCGCGGCCGCUGCCGGACGAGCAGAGGGUCCCUGUCCCCCCUGUCCCCACGCGGAGGGGACAGCCCGUGGACGUUUGGCAGAGAUAGCGAGGCCGGCGGGGUGCGGGGAGGGGGAACACCCCUCUCGGGGGAGCAGCCCCCCGCUCCUCCCCCGUCCCAGCCCCUCGGGAAGCCCCCCCGUGCCCCCGGUGCCACCUGCAGGGUCACUGUCCCCAUCCUUGAGACCCGUCCCCCCCCUCCCCGGCGCCCCCAAAUGCCACCAGGCCCCCUCCUUUCGGCUGUGCCCCCCGCGCGGCCAGGAGCCCGGCGCUGUCGCGGUGUCCUGCGCGGUGGCGCUGGGCGCUGUCCCCUCCUGUCCCCGCGCCUGUCGCCGCGCCAGCAGCGUGUCCCCAGCGAGCGGGAGUGGCCGGGAAGUGCCACGCGGUGGCAGCAGGACUGAGAGCGGCGGCAGCGGCUCCAAUUCCGGCCCAACCCCGCGGAGAUUGGGGACAGGGGACAGGGGACAGUGCUGCGCCCCCAGCCAGGGGCUCUUUUCUAUUUAUUAUCCUCGCACCAAUAAAGAGCUGGGGGGCUCGGGCUGUCUGCUGUGAGGUU